AUGACGAACGGACCAAGGCAACGGGGCAGCGCAGCCGCGUCUAGCGGGGAUGCUGUCGCCGAGUCCGGGAAGGAGUCAGGAGGAGGGGUGGCUCUGAAGAAAGAGAUCGGCCUUGUGAGCGCCUGCGGAAUUAUUGUUGGUAAGUGUCAAAAAUCAAACAUUGGAAUGGAUAAUGUCUCUAAUAAUGUUCAUGCAUAUUUGCAAAGGCUGGUUUGCGAAAAAAGUAUUAAUAGGCGUAGUUGAUUUUGAAUAAUAGCCUACUGUGACCCACCUGAGCUUUAGGUACACUGAUUGACUCAGAGAAAGUGUGAGUGUGCGCGCGCGUCCGUGCAUAACUAGUUGGACAGCCAGUGCUAUGAAAGUGAAUUGGACUGACCACUGCUCAGAGUUGCUGAGAGCUGCUUUGAAGAAUGGCAUGACUCAGAGCCAUUAUUCAUAAGAUUUGGUUUGGGUAGCGUAAGGUCACUCUCCCACAUACUCAAAAUGGCACUUUAUUAGUGGAUAAUUUUCAGCAUCUUCUAAUGUAGGCUAAUUAUCGUUGAUGGCUAUUGCAUCACUUCAGCAGUUACCAGUCGUUCAAUUAAAUGCAAUGCUGUGUAGAUCGAUACACAGACAGAGGAUGUGUUGUUGUGAGGUCCCGGUGAAUCAGUGGUGUGGUCUCUGUUCUCUGGUCUCUCAACCUUGAGGGAGAUGACUCACUCGCUGACAGGUUUCCAUGGUAACUGAACGGUCUGGAUAGUCGGAGGGGCCUUUCUGGUUAGAUACAGAUUGGGGGGUAGAGAGAGAUGGAGGUAGAGAGAGAAACAAAAGAGGGGGAGAGGGAGAGAGAGAGAGUUACAGCUAACAGCAAAUGAAGCAGAUAUUAAAGGGUAGGCCCUUGGUUGGCCCUCUCCUUUGAGCUCUAUUGAGUGAGCCUGUAUGAAGAGAGCCUCUAUGUCCUGACUUCUGCCCCAUAGACUCUCCUCCAUUCAAAUAUCAUUAAUUAAUCUCCAACAUAAGUACUAGACUCGCCAUCAUUAAAACAGAAGGGUUAAAAAACUAAAAUGGCACCCUAUUCCCUUUAAAGUGCAUUACUUUUGACCAGAGCCGUAUGGGCCCUAUGGGCCCUGGUCCAAAGUGGUGCGCUAUAUAGGGAAUAGGGUGUCACUUGGGUCGCAGCCCUUGCUGUUUUUAAUUGUAAAAGAGUGAAGAGACUAGAGUAGUGAAUUGCACCCGCCCGGUCCAUAGGUUCUUCAUCUUCCAAAUAUCAUUAACAGUUUAACCCACAUCAUUUAACUCCAAUCAUUAAGGUUUAAAAGAGCAUGCCAACGAUUACCGUAGUAGGCUACAUGUCAUGAUGACACUCUAUGUUUAUCACCAUCCAUAGUCCACAGUCAUUCAGACAUAGUGGUGGUCGAUCAGCAGAGACAACCUAGCCUACUGUAAGGUCAUUCAUUCACGAACACAUCUGGGCCGUAUUCAUUAAUACACACCGAAGCAAAAUGGUUAGCAACAGAAAACGAAAACGAACAUUUCUUAUUGGACAAGUUCAGGUACUGUCCCUCCCUGUUUGAAUCUGUUUUCUUCUGUUCGGUGCCAAAUGAACACAACCCUGAUCUCUCCUCUUAUCUCACGUGAGAGGCCUUAUCGUCAGAUGACUGAACUCAAACUGCCAAGUUCCAACUCUUCCCUCAGCCUUUGUUCUCUGUCCGUUUCACUGAGUUUCCUCAAAGGGGGCUGAGGGAGGGAGUUUUUUAUGAGCUAAAGGUACAGUCUGUCAGAUCUAUUGUCCUCUGAGUCCACCUCCACCCCCUUCUGGGUGAGGGGGGUGAGGGGGGUGAGGAGGGUGAGAGGGGUGAGGAGGGUUAGGGGAGUGAGGACAGAGGGGGGGGGGGGGUCUGAGGACUGAGCGGGGUGAGGUUUUGGAGGAGGGGUAGGAGGGUGAGGAGGAGGGGGAGGUGGCCUAAUCAGAGUCAGCAGGCAGGAGUUACAGUCAGGUGGAUGAUGGGGAUGGCAGCAGCUCACUGCAUUCUUCACCUCUCCCCCCUCCUUCUUUCCUCCUUUCAUUAUUUCUUCAUUCGUCACCUCCAUACUCUUUUACUUGGGGCCCAUUAAACUCAAAGCUGGGCACUGCUGGAAUGAGAAGUGCUGAUGGCAGCGCCCUCGGAGGUGUGUGUGUGUGUGUAUGUGUGCGUCUUAGCGUCUGUGUGUGUAUGCGUCUUAGUGUCUGUGUGUGUGUAUGUGCACCUGUGUGAGUGUGUGUGCAUGUGCGCGCGUGUGUGUCCUUGGAGAGCUUCUGGCCAGUGUCCAAGCAGCAGGUUGCCUCAGCUGGGGAGUUUGUAGAGGGCUUUGGACAGGGAGGAAGUACAAAUGUGCUAAUCUCCCUGGUCUUUGUAAUACUACAGAACCUGCUCUCAGCUGUAGUAGUAUGCUCUGGGGUGAAGUCCCCUUGGUACAGAUCUAGGAUCAGCUUCCCCUCCCCCAAUCCUAACCUUAACCAUUAGUGGGGGGAAUGCAAAACUAAGCCAAGAUCAGCUUUUAGGGGCAACUUCACCCUACAACUGUAGCACUACACAGCUGCAGACACUCUAUCUAGCAUGACAUGUGCAAAACCCUCUCAAAGCCUGAGCAGGCACAUAGUUUGACCCAGUCUAAGUUUUAGGACUUGGAGAGGCUUUUGCACAUUACAUCUGUGCUCAGCGUUCACCUGUCUGUGUUGUUCUGGGAUGCUUGUUGGUUCAUCAUAGCUUGUUGCUCGGGAGCUCUGGUUAAGGGCUCUGCCUCUGGUAAGGGGGCAGUAGACUAGCACACACUACACAGCACAUUGUUCAUGAAAGGGGAUCAUAAGGCUGAAGUAAGCUAUGCUUGCGUCCCAAAUGGCACCUUAUUCCCUUAAAAGUAGUGCACUGUGUAGGGAAUAGGGUGCCAUUUGGGACGUGGCCUUUGUCUGAGUAAGUAAGUCUAGCGCAUGACAUGAACAUGUCUGAGCUCUAGGCCUACCAGCUUUGUUUGAGGCCAGUGAUAUUUUUGUAUACAUUCUCCUGGAGAUUACACAUGCUGGGUUUGGUUCGUACAUGCUCUAGUGCUUCCAGAGACCUUUAGGUUUCAUUCCCGAUUCUCCACCAUGCUCUCAAAGUGUUCGGUUGCAAACUCUCCUUCAUGGAGUUAACUAUGGUGGAAACUACCUCCAGCCAAUGACUACACCAGUCCUACCAGUCCCCUCUCAUUGUCUCACCAUCCAAGGGUCACACACAAAGUUGCUGAACUGAAGCAUUGUAAAGCUGACACUGACUGCACAGUUUCAAAGAUGUAGUAAACUAACUGGAAGCAGUCACUUCCUUUAGUCAAGGUUGAGAUUAAUCAUCCUUUACCCUUCAGGCACUAAGUCAACGUUACAUAAGUGCACCAGCGAGUACAGUUCCUGAUGCAUAUGGAGCAUUUUAAGGCUUGUGGUUUCAGACUGUUCUUCUACAUCAUAGCAACCAUUGGGGCAAUACAGGACAGGUGUUUAGGUGUGUGUGUGUGUGUGUAGGUUAGUGCUUCCAGACACUUUCUGCACAUGUUCACUCACUCACGGACUCACUCACUCACUCUCUCACACACACACACUCACACACACACACUCUCACACUCUCACACACUCACACACACACACACACACUCACACACACACACACACACACACACACACACACACACACACACACACACACACACACACACACACACACACACACACACACACACACACACACACACACACACACACACACACACACACACAAAAAGUCUGUAUCAAUACCUUUGGCUUUUGUACUGUGUAUUCUCCUCACUCAACUCUGACUCUGUAAGUUCAAAUGUACGACCUUUAGCCCUGACGCCCUAUUCUCCGUCGAGGUUUAUGAGCCAAUUAGUCAGCUGAAUCUGAUUCUCAACCCUCGACCUCUGACCCCUACUGCUUUGUCAGAUCACUAAUGGGGUGCGAGUCGUUAAUCUGUCAUCUGAACCAAGUCUAACCUAACACACACAUACACACACACACAGUCUCUGUCAUGUUUACUUGUCUGAUGCUUAUAGAGGCGGUCAGGGAAUUGUUCUGAUGGAGUGUAGGGGCCUCCUUACUACACACACACACACACACACACACAGGCCUCGUCGUUCCUCGUUGUACUCUGUCACCUCUCCCCCCUUUCUCUCUCUCUCUCUCUCUCUCUCUCUCUCUCUCUCUCUCUCUCUCUCUCUCUCUCUCUCUCUCUCUCUCUCUCUCUCUCUCUCUCUGUGUCUCCUCAUCCUCAGUGCUAACUCAGCACAUUGCGUUUCCAGUCUGUCUGCUGGCUGGCUGCUCAUUGCUGUUAAAGCUACAUUCUCUCCUCUCUCUUUGUCUCUCUCUCUCUUUCUUCUUCUACUUUAUCUCUCUAUCUGUCUCCUUUGUCCUCUCACAUUUUCCCUCUGUCAUCCAUUUUUCACUACACCACUCUUUAAAUCCCAAUGUUGUGUUUUUCUCCCUCUUCUUCUCUCUUGAGGAAAUCAGCUAAAAGGCUGAGUAAUCAAAUGCGUCCUCCUAUGGGUAUGGUAACACAGUAUUGUCUCUCAGUGGUAUAGAGUACACUCAUGAUUGGAAUAGGGAUUCUGAACUGUGCUUUUGUUACACAUAUUGUUAAGAAUCCGUCUUUAAACUGUCUCCAUUGGUUCCACUCUGUUCCCCCCAAUUAAUCUCCUGAUUGCACCCAGUGACGAAUGCUGGUGUCACAUCGAUAACAUUCCCCUCUCCCCUCGUCAUUAGAUGGUGGAACUGAUGUUCUCACCCUAAUUUCUCCGACCCCCUUCAAAUCUUCCUGCCUGUGAAUGGCACUGUUGUCACGCUAAUAACCGCCCCCCUUUCUCCUCAGUGCUUCAAAUAACUGUUGGUGACACUUCAAUAACCAUCCCCUCUUCUUCUCUCUAUUCCAGGUAACAUCAUCGGGUCGGGGAUCUUCGUCAGCCCUAAGGGUGUGAUGGAGAACGCCAGCUCCGUGGGUCUGGCGCUGAUCGUGUGGAUCGUCACUGGUAUCAUCACAGCCAUCGGAGCGCUGUGCUACGCCGAGCUGGGUGUCACCAUCCCCAAGUCAGGGGGAGACUACGCAUACGUCAAGGACAUCUUCGGAGGACUGGCAGGGUGAGUGGCUGGAUCUGUGGUGCUUGGUGACCUUUGACCCACAACUGUAUUUACUGAUCUAACUCACUCACUCAUUCACUCGCUCACUCACUCCUAUCCUCUCUGGUAUCUUCUCCCCAGGCCAUAUCACCAAUCCUUUGUCCACAUUGAUUAAACACAGUCUGUGUGUUUGUAGUGUUCCCCCAGACGGUAAACACACACAGAUUGAGCCCUGACCUUGUGUUGUAACAGUCUGGAUCCAUUUUGUAUCAGAGUAUUUUCAGAGAGGAAUCCACCCAGCCAACAACACCUCAGACUAUUGUUAGUGUCCCGUCAGUAGAUCAAUGAGAAGUUUACAAUGAAACAAACUUUUACCCAGAACCAACUCAUAUUUUCUGUUUGAAGGCUUUGUUUAGUAUGUUAGAAUGGGUCUCUAACUGUUUCCUCCAGAUGCCUCAGAUGUUUAGGUUUGAAGUUUUUCGGGGCACAUACUGUUUUCGCUGUUUCCUUCUCUCUGUGAUACGAAACUACGAUCAAGGAGUAUUUGUUUUGAUGGUGUACUGUUUAGGAGUAGGAGGAGGGUACAGCAGAAACAAAGUUGUUGAUAAGGACACCCCUGCGUUGCUGGGGGGAUGGGGGGAGUGGACUCUUCCGCAGAGACUCUCCACAGGUCUCCAUAGGUGUUUGUGGAUGUGCCCACCCCAGUGGUGCGGGGGUGUCAGGCCAAGCAUUCCAGUGGCUAGCCAUGGUGGUGACACACAGUCCUGAUGAGACACUAUCACACAGUGUUAGCAAAUCAGUUCCUUUACUGAGGGCUCUGCUUUGGGGUUUUACUUGAAUCUUACAGACGUAUUGUAACAUUUGUGAACAUUUGUUAAAACACACAUAGACACACACUGGCUGAACACCGGCUCACACAAACACGCAUGCACACUAACACGCAUGCACACAAACACGCAUGCACACUAACACGCAUGCACACUAACACGCAUGCACACUAACACGCAUGCACACAAACACGCAUGCACACAAACACGCAUGCACACAAACACGCAUGCACACAAACACGCAUGCACACUAACACGCAUGCACACAAACACGCAUGCACACAAACACGCAUGCACACAAACACGCAUGCACACAAACACGCAUGCACACUAACACGCAUGCACACAAACACGCAUGCACACAAACACGCAUGCACACAAACACGCAUGCACACAAACACGCAUGCACACAUUCUUUGUGAGUAACAGCCAAGGGGAACGUAGCGAAGCGUAAUGACCCCCCCCCCCCCCCCCCCCCCUCCUUAACACACACAAACACACACACACAAACACACCAUCCACUCUCUGAGUGAGUGAGUGAGUGAGUGAGUGAGUGAGUGAGUGAGUGAGUGAGUGAGUGAGUGAGUGAGUGAGUGAGUGAGUGAGUGAGUGAGUGAGUGAGUGAGUGAGUGAGUGUUUGAGUGCGUGAGAGAGUGAAUGAGUGAGUGAGUGAUCACUAUCCCUCUAACAGUAGGCUCUGCCCCCUUCAUGAUACAAUACAUUGUUAUAACACACAAUCUGUGUGUGUGUGUGUGUGCGUGCGCAUGUGUGUGCGUCAGUGUCUACUGUUCAUAUCCCUAAUUUACCCCUCCCUCUCCUCUCCCUCUGUCUCUCUUCCUCCCUCCCGCCUCCUCUAGGUUCCUGCGUCUAUGGAUCGCAGUGCUGGUGAUAUACCCCACCAACCAGGCGGUGAUCGCACUCACCUUCUCCAACUACGUCCUACAGCCCCUCUUCCCAACCUGCUUCCCCCCAGAGAAUGGUCUGCGCCUGCUGGCCGGCGUCUGCCUACGUGAGUACCCUAUACCCUGGAGGGAGAGGUGGAGGAGGGGGGUGGAAGGAUGUUGAGAGAGAGAGAGAGAGAGAGAGAGAGAGAGAGAGAGAGAGAGAGAGAGAGAGAGAGAGAGAGAGAUUUUAGGAAACUUAUAAGAUUCUGUUGUAUUGGUGUGUGAAGUAGUGUUGUAGUAGCGCCUCUUGGUGCUGGAAGAGUGGAACGGGUGGGAAUAGGACAUGCAAAAGAGAGAGGAGUGAAACAUCAACAGAUUGUUCCUUCACAGAUCUGAGAACUGGAUAGGUCUCUCUCUUCAUCUCUCUCCUCUCUCUCCUCUCUCUGUCUCUCUCUCUCUCUUCUCUCUCUGUCUCGCUCUCUGUCUAUCUAUCUCUCUCUCUUCAUCUCUCUCUUGCUCUCUCUCUUCAUCUCUCUCUCUCUCUCACUUCAUCUCUCUCUCUCUUCAUCUCUCUAUCUUUCUCUUCCUCUCUCUCUCUCUUCCCCUCUCUCUCUUCAUCUCUAUAUCUCUCUCUUCCUCUCUCUCACUCACAUCUUCCUCCUGCCCUACUUUCUCUUCUGUUCUUUCUGUAACAUCCACUUGUGACUUGACCCACCGUCAAAGAACAUGUAAGAAAGAGAGUGAGUAAAAAGAGGUAGCAGAGUAGGUGAGAGUGUUAAAACAAAUGGAUAAAUGUGUUUGCACCACUCUGAGAGUGGUAGUGACGGACUUCUCUACAAACCUCCCACACGCAGCCCAAAUACCACAAGGUGGGCUCAGACAGGCAGAGAGAGACAGAGAGAGACAGAGAGAGACAGAGAGAGACAGAGAGAGACAGAGAGAGAGAGACAGAGAGAGAGAGACAGAGAGAGAGACAGAGAGAGACAGAGAGAGAGAGAGAGAGAGAGAGAGAGUCAUAGAAAGAGAGAGCGAGAGAGAGAGAGACAGAGAGAGUGACGGAACAGAGAUAGUGUGACAGUGUGAAGCUAGUUUGUGAAAGCAACAACAUCCUCCCAGAUCGCUUUAAUAUGUUUUCUUCUGUCUGUGAGUUCUUUCCCAAAAACCCAUAAGAACUGUUCAAUAAUAUAUGUUUUGAAUGAGUUGAUCUUACCAAUAGGGUUUUUGUAACUGGAUCAAUUGUUACUUGUAAGACUGACUAAUAAUUGCUGUGGGAAACUGUUCUUUAGUGUCACCAUUCAAGCCUAGUAUCCACUUUAGCUGGAAUGCACCUGUGGCUAUUCUGUUGCCCUGUUGUUGUUCAGUUCAACCAUAGAGCAGUAUACUAUGAUAGCUUGGCUGUGCAGACAGACAGACUCCCUGUGGGCAUCUUUGUGCCAUCCCAAUCAUGAACCCAGUAAUCAGAGAAGAUCUGGGGGCGUUGUAUUCACAAAGAGUCUCAGAGUAUAGAAGUGCUGAUCCAUAAAAUGAUGAUAAUCUAACAAUCUAGGCUAUUCUAGAUCAGCACUCGUAUAUGUACAUAAUGUACAGUGGGGAGAACAAGGAUUUGAUACACUGCCGAUUUUGCAGGUUUUCCUACUUGUAGAGGUGUGUAGAGCAUGUAGAGGUCUGUAAUUGUUAUCAUAGGUACACUUCAACUGUGAGAGACGGAAUCUAAAAUCCAGAAUAUCACAUUGUAUGAUUUUUAAGGAAUUCAUUUGCAUUUUAUUGCAUGACAUAAGUAUUUGAUCACCUACCAACCAGUAAGAAUUCCGGCUCUCACAGACCUGUUAGUUUUUUUUUAAGAAGCCCUCCUGUUCUCCACUCAUUACCUGUAUUAACUGCACCUGUUUGAACUCGUUACCUGUAUAAAAGACACCUGUCCACACACUCAAUCAAACAGACUUCAACCUCUCCACAAUGGCCAAGACCAGAGAGCUGUGUAAGGACAUCUGGGAUAAAAUUGUAGACCUGCACAAGGCUGGGAUGGGCUACAGGACAAUAGGCAAGCAACUUGGUGAGAAGGCAACAACUGUUGGCGCAAUUAUUAGAAAAUGGAAGAAGUUCAAGAUGACGGUCAAUCACCCUCGGUCUGGGGCUCCAUGCAAGAUCUCACCUUGUGGGGCAUCAAUGAUCAUGAGGAAGGUGAGGGAUCAGCCCAGAACUACACGGCAGGACCUGGUCAAUGACCUGAAGAGAGCUGGGACCACAGUCUCAAAGAAAACCAUUAGUAACACACUACGCCGUCAUGGAUUAAAAUCCUGCAGCGCAGGCAAGGUCCCCCUGCUCAAGCCAGCGCAUGUCCAGGCCCGUCUGAAGUUUGCCAAUGACCAUAUGGAUGAUCCAGAGGAGGAAUGGGAGAAGGUCAUGUGGUCUGAUGAGACAAAAAUAUAGCUUUUUGGUCAAAACUCCACUCGCCGUGUUUGGAGGAAGAAGAAGGAUGAGUACAACCCCAAGAACACCAUCCCAACCGUGAAGCAUGGAGGUGGAAACAUCAUUCUUUGGGGAUGCUUUUCUGCAAAGGGGACAGGACGACUGCACUGUAUUGAGGGGAGGAUGGAUGGGGCCAUGUAUCGCGAGAUCUUGGCCAACAACCUCCUUCCCUCAGUAAGAGCAUUGAAGAUGAGUCGUGGCUGGGUCUUCCAGCAUGACAACGACCCGAAACACACAGCCAGGGCAACUAAGGAGCGGCUCCGUAAGACGCAUCUCAAGGUCCUGGAGUGGCCUAGCCAGUCUCCAGACCUGAACCCAAUAGAAAAUCUUUGGAGGGAGCUGAAAGUCCGUAUUGCCCAGCGACAGCCCCGAAACCUGAAGGAUCUGGAGAAGGUCUGUAUGGAGGAUUGGGCCAAAAUCCCUGCUGCAGUGUGUGCAAACCUGAUCAAGACCUACAGGAAAUGUAUGAUCUCUGUAAUUGCAAACAAAGGUUUUUGUACCAAAUAUUAAGUUCUGCUUUUCUGAUGUAUCAAAUACUUAUGUCAUGCAAUAAAAUGCAAAUUAAUUACUUAAAAAUCUUAUAAUGUGAUUUUCUUGAUUUUUGUUUUAGAUUCCGUCUCUCACAGUUGAAGUGUAUUUAUGAUAAAAAUUACAGACCUCUACAUGCUUUGUAAGUAGUAAAACCUGCAAAAUCGGCAGUGUAUCAAAUACUUGUUCUCCCCACUGUACUUUUUUACUUCCCUGAAGCCUUAUGCAAGCCAUAAUACCUCUGGGAAAAGAUAUGUUGAGACUUGCCAAAAAGAUUAAUUUUCCUUGGCCGAGAGUGUUUCCUAUACCGAUGACGAUGUGCAAUAGUACUAGAACACUGCAAUCUGAUUGGCCGAGGUGACAGCCCUAAUGUGUGUUUCCUCAAAGUUAAUUGGUCAGAUGUUUUCAAGCAGAAUGUUGAGCUCAGUGUCAUUGUUGUUGUUUUUUACCUACGUGUUCUGCUGUUGUUCCUCUUACAGCCGGCGGCGGAAAGAAGAAAACUGGGUGAAGGGUUACUUUAGGACAAGUUCCUUUCUCUCACUCUCCUUCUUUUCCAUCCUCCUCUUCCUUCUCUCUCUUUUCCUCCUCUUUCUGCUGUUCCUCCUCUUCCUCCGCCUCUGUUGUUUUAGGUUUCUUUGUGCCCCUGCAGGUACAGUACAGUCUGUAUGUCUGACUGUGGUUGACUGUGUCUUGGUGAGGGUGGGUUUCAGGGACAGUCUGUAUGUCUGACUGUGGUUGACUGUGUCUUGGUGAGGGUGGGUUUCAGGGACAGUCUGUAUGUCUGACUGUGGUUGACUGUGUCUUGGUGAGGGUGGGUUUCAGGGACGUUCUGGAUGUUGUGUUAUGCAAGGGAUGUCAUGUGUCUAGGAGAGUCGUGAGAGUCCAGACAUUAUUUUUCUCCGUUUUGUUAGGUAUAGCGAUGUAGCCCUUGAAAAAUUAUAUAAUACAGAUGUAGGAUCUUCAUUUAAGACAGUUUACUACAGGAGGGAAAUAAUCCUGCAGCAACAGGAAAUGUGAAUUAUUAUGUGGAUUAUAAUUAAUGGACAUUUUUGUAGGGGUUGAUACAUUUUUCGUUAGGGGAAAGUCUGAAUUUUCAAAGUGGAAAUUACAAAUGUUAGAAGCCUUGUUAAAACUCAAACACACCUACACAUUUGCAUUUCCUGCUGUGCAGGAAAAUCCUCAUCAACAAAAGAGUGAACAAAUUAAGAUCCUACAUUUGUAUCUAUAGCAGGCAUAGAUGGUGGUGUUUGUGUGUGCUGCACCUGUAUAUGGUGCUGUGUGACCACUUUUGCUGACUAUACACAAAAGCGACAAUAAAGUAUAUAUAUGUAUGUACAGUACCAGUCAAACGUUUGGACACACCUACUCAUUCAAGGGGUUUUCUUUAUUUUUACUGUUUUCUACAUUGUAGAAUAAUAGUGAAGACAUCAAAACUAUUAAAUAACACAUAUGGAAUUAUGUAGUAAUCAAAAAAGUGUUAAACAAAUCAAAAUAUAUUUUGCAUUUAUGACAUCUUUGCACACUCUUGGCAUUCUCUCAACCAGCUUCACCUGGAAUGCUUUUCCAACAGUCUUGAAGGAGUUCCCACAUAUGCUGAGCACUUUUGGCUGUUUUUCCUUCACUCUGCCGUCCGACUCAUGCCAAACCAUCUCAAUUGGUUUGAGGUUGGGGGAUUGUGGAGGCCAGGUCAUCUGAUGCAGCGCUCCAUCACUCUCCUUCUUGGUAAAAUAGCUCUUACACAGCCUGGAGGUGUGUUGGGUCAUUGUCCUGUUGAAAAACAAAUGAUAGUCCCACUAAGCCCAAACCAGAUGGGAUGGUGUAUCGCUGCAGAAUGCUGUGGUAGCCAUGCUGGUUAAGUGUGCCUUGAAUUCUAAAUAAAUCACAGACAGUGUCACCAGCAAAGCACCCCCACACCAUAACACCUCCUCCUCCGUGCUUUAUGGUGGGAACUACACAUGCAGAGAUUAUCCGUUCACCCACACCACGUCUCUCAAAGACACGGCGGUUGGAACCAAAAAUCUCUAAUUUGGACUCCAGACCAAAGGACAAAUAUCCACCGGUCUAAUGUCCAUUGCUCGUGUUUCUUGGCCCAAGCAGGUCUCUUCUUCUUAUUGGUGUCCUUUAGUAGUGGUUUCUUUGCAGCAAUUCGACCAUGAAGUCCUGAUUCACACAGUCCCCUAUGAACAGUUGAUGUUGAGAUGUGUCUGUGACUUGAACUCUGUGAAGCAUUUAUUUGGGCUGCAAUUUCUGAGGCUGGUAACUCUAAUGAACUUAUCCAGUGCAGCAGAGGUAACUCUGGGUCUUCCAACCCUGUGGCGGUCCUCAUGAGAGCCAGUUUCAUCAUAGCGCUUGAUGGUUUUUGCGACUGCACUUGAAGAAACUUUCAAAGUUCUUGACAUUUUCCGUAUUGACUGACCUUCAUGUCUUAAAGUAAUGAUGGACUGUCUUUUCUCUUUGCUUAUUUGAGCUGUUCUUGCCAUAAUAUGGACUUGGUCUUUUACCAAAUAGGGCUAUCUUCUGUAUACCCACCCCUACCUUGUCACAACACAACUGAUUGGCUCAAACACAUUAAGAAGGAAAUACAUUCCACAAAUUAACUUUUAAGAAGGCACACCUGUUAAUUGAAAUGCAUUCCAGGUGACUACCUCAUGAAGCUGGUUGAGAGAAUGACAAGAGUGUGCAAAGCUGUCAUCAAGGCAAAUGGUGGCUAUUUGAAGAAUCUCAAAUAUAAAAUAUAUUUUGAUUUGUUUAACACUUUUUUGGUUACUACAUGAUUCCGUAUGUGUUAUUUCAUAGUUUUGAUGUCUUCACUAUUAUUCUACAGUGUAAAAAAAUUGUACAAAUAAAGAAAAACCCUUGAAUGAGUAGGUGUGUCUAAACAUUUGACUGGUAGUGCAUGUAUAUACUGUUUGUUUUCUUAAGUUACCUUGAUCCCCUCCCUCUCAUGUACCCCCACUCAUGUUUUUCUAAACACACAACCACUAACCAUUCGUUGGUCACUGGGACAGGCCAGCUCCCCCCUCCCCCCCCUCUCUGUCUCCAUGGCCUGGAGCGGGGUUGCGUGUUGUCGUGUUAUUGAACAGUCAUGUUAUGGAGCUUCUCAGCAUGUUCCAGUGUGUACUCAGUAACAAACUGUUUCCCAGGUGUUAACCAGUGGAUGUUCCUCUUACUCAGCCAGACCACGUGUAGAACAGAGUGGGAGUGAGUGGUAGGAGUAGGAUUCAUGUUGUUUUUAUUCCGGGGACUAUGAGAUUCAGUUGGGAUGAUUUAAAAUGUUCCCUGCACUGCAACACAGGAAAAAAAAAAAAAAGUGCUGCAUAUUGGAUAUAACUGCACUGUCGGGCAUAUUUCUGAACUUUCACAGAUAUCUUCCAUUACAUAGGUUACUGUUACUGUAGAUUAUUGCAAACACACUUGCUGCUAGGCGUCACCCUGCGAGAGAGUGCAUCUAUGCUAUAUGUUCUCACACACACACAAACACACACACACACACACACACACACACACACACUGCUCAGCUCAUAUGUGGGUAUGUGUAUUUCCUGUUUAUGAAUGCAGAGGGCGUAGACACAGUCCUAAUCCCAUAUGGUGUACUAGUACACUGGCUCUCCCACACACCACUACCAUAGUGGUGUCUGCAGUUUGUUGCAGAUGCAGUUUGUGUUAGCCUGAUCCCAGAUCUACACUUUAUGUGCUUUAGUCAAUUUCUGUAUUGUAGAGGAGCUAAAGUACAGACCUGGGACCAGCUAACUGUGUGUUACCAGCUGACAACAUGUCCACAGAUCAGGCCAUACAACCCCCCCCCUACCCCUUCCCUCGCAUUGCCCCCCUCUCCUUUCCCCAAACUGCUAAACACCAUACACUCUUUUACAACUAUAAACUAUGAACACCCCCCCCCCCACCACCUCUCCUCUCCUCUCCUCCUCUUCAAAUCAAAUCAAAUGAAAUUGUAUUUGUCACAUGCGCAGAAUACAACAGGUGUAGACCUUACCGUGAAAUGCUUACUUACAAGCCCUUAACCAACAAUGCAGUUCAAGAAGGAGUUAAGAAAAUAUUUACGAAAUAAACUCAAGUUAAUUUUUUUAAUAAAAAGUAACACAAUACAAUUAAAAUAAAGAGGUUAGAUACAGGGGGUGCCGGUACCAAGUCAAUGUGUGAGGGUACAGGUUAGUCAAAGUAAUUUGUCUCUGUGUCUGGCUGAGGAACCUGUCUCUGUUCCUUGGUAGACUGACCAGACCAGAUCAGCUUGGAGGUAUUUCUAAUGUUAUGUGUCUGUAAUGUCCUGUAAACCUUAUUUAGCCCAGACUGCUGCCUCUAUCUGCACUAAUAAUAAUAAUGAUGUGAGAAGUGAUAAUUAGCUUUUUGAAAGUGCUAUAUAUUGAAAACUUGAUUUCUGACAUGAAAAACAUAUUGGGACUGUAAAAACAGUUGACUGAUGAAAGAAAUACCCAAAUAUAGUUUUUUUGUGGAUUAUUCCUUUAAGUGCCUUGCUCAAGGGCACAUUGACAGAUGCUUCACUUUGUUGGCUGGGGGAUUCAAACUAGCAACCUUUCGGUUACUGGCCCAAUGCUAACCGCUAGGCUACCUGCCGCCCCCACUACACUCAUUCAUUUAUUACCAUCAUGUUUAACAUUAGUAAGUAAGUAGCCGAGCCAGAACGGCCCAUAGGGCAGGAGUUUAUCUCCUGUUUCUGUAGCGUGAGGCAGCUUGAUGUACACCCCCUAGACUGGUCUAUCGCAGGGCCUUACAUUAGCCAUGAUGUAAUGUACUGUAGUGUUGUAUUGAGAGAAAGGUGGAGGUGGGACAGAUUCUAGAACAGACACGCUGAAUCCCCAGUCAGUGUCUGUGGAUGAAAUCAGACCCAUCAGCCUUUGGGGUGUGGUCAUUGUCAUUGUGUCAGAGAAGUUGAUAGGCAAGGAGAGAGGGGUCAUAGUUCAUUGUGAUAGUACAGAGAGUGGGGCGGUAUCAAAGGUCAAAGGUCGCUGCAUGCCUUUCACCUUUUAUGACACGUCACGCCAGUUGCAGCACAAUGUGUGUUACUGUAACUUCCGCCACACACACAUACACACAAAAACAUCCCCCCUACACAUACACACACACAAAAACAUCCCCGCCCCACACACACACACACACACCUUCUUCUCCUUCUUUCCAUUUCUCCAUCUACCUGCUACUACUAUAUCUAUCUGUUUCUCAAUCUCUCUCUUUCUCCCUCCAGCCCUCUCUCCUUACAUCAUUAUUUAUAGUACUAUCGCCACUACCUACUGUAUGUGUCCAAUGCUCUCACUGAUUGCUGUUGUAAAGCCUUCAAAGGCUAGAACAUGAGCAGCGCAGAAGGGAAAUAUAGUGUAGCUGUGUACUGUAUGUCUCCCUUUGUGCAUUGUUAGCAACAAUUCUAUACUGAGUUGGUGAGAAUUCUAUGGUGAGAAUUCCUCCAGUCUGCAGUGUUGUUUAUUGUACUGGGAUUCACCAUUGUGUUCCUAUGUUAUUGUCAUAUAUUGUUAUAUAGCCUUGAUGAUGGAUGUAACACAACGCCCAGUGUGAGUUGUAUUGUGUUGAUCUCGGUAAUGUUUCUCACAAUUUAAUUCAAGAAGCUUUCAUGGCAUUAUAAGUCCCUAUCUUAUAUUGCCACAGCAAAAACACAUGGUACGACAACUCCACCCCGGCUGACCGCAAGGCACUACAGAGGGUGCUACUCUCAGCCGAACGCACCAUUGGGUGCACACUGCCUGCCCUCCAGGACACCUACAACACCAAGUGUUGGAAGGCCAAGAAAUCAUCAGGGACCUCAGCCACCUAAGCCACGACCUGUUCUCCCCGCUUCCAUCACUCAGACGCGCGCAGUACAGGAGCAUCAUGGCAUCAACUUGGAACUUGAAAUAACACAUAUUUAAUCAAUAAUAACACUCUCUCUGUCUCUCUCUCUGUCUCUCUCUCUCUCUCUCUCUCUCUCUCUCUCUCUCUCUCUCUCUCUCUCUCUCUCUCUCUCUCUCUCUCUCUCUCUCUCUCUCUCUCUCUCUCUCUCUCUUGCAGUGUUGUUGACGUGGGUGAACUGCUCCAGUGUGCGAUGGGCCACCCGUGUCCAGGACAUCUUCACAGCUGGCAAGCUGCUGGCCCUGGCUCUCAUCAUUAUCAUGGGCAUCGUGCAGAUCUGCAAGGGUAGGACUAGGUUCCAUCUGUGUGUGUGUGCGUGUCUCUACACCAUCUGUGCCUGUUGUUCUCUCCAUCUUUCUAAUCUCUCUCUCGUUCAAGAGACACAGAGACACAAAACCCCACUGACAUCCCAUUACUGGGUCACUGGGGACACAAAGUCAGGGCCCAAAUGGCACCCAAUUCCCUAUAUAGUACACUACUUUUAUUCAGAGCCCAAUGGACCCUGGUCAAAAGUAGUGCACUACAUAGGGAAUAGGGUGCCAUUUGGGAUGUAACAUAGCCUCCCUCUGGUAAAACUCACAGAGCUAAUAGGGUUUUAAUGUAGUUUUCAUCACAGCGCGUCUCUGUGGGUUAGUUAUCAUAACAGUAAUGAGGGUGAGUUAUGAGAGAGACAGACAGAGACAACCGUGACAAUAGGGCUGUAGACACAGAGAGAGGAGAGAAGAGUUAGAACACAAUGGGUGAGAGUAUGGGAGAAUCACCCACCAGAGAGAGAUGGAAGGGGGGAGAGGGAGAGAGAGACAACCUCUAAAUGCCGGGCUAUGAAAAGCCAAGUGACGUUUACUCCUGAUGUACUGACCUGUUGCAACCUCUACAACCACUGUGAUUAUUAUUUGACCCUGCUGGUCAUCUAUGAACGUUUGAACAUCUUGGAGAGGUGUUAUAAUCUCCACCCUGCACAACCAGAAGGGGACUGGCCACUCCUCAGAGCCUGGUUCCUCUCUAGGUUUCUUUCUGCCUUUCUAGGGAGUUUUUCCUAGCCACCGUGCUUCUACAUUUGCAUUGCUUGCUGUUUGGGGUUUUAGGCAGGGUUUCUGUAUAGCACUCUGUGACAUCUGCUGAUGUAAAAAGGGCUUUAUAAAUAACAUUUGAUUGAUUGAUUGAGUAAGAGAGAGAGAGAGAGAGGGGAGGAAGAGGCAAACAAUGACAGAGGAAGAGGGAGAGUAAGAGAGAGAGAGAGGGAGAGAGAGAGGGAGGAAGAGAGAGAUACAUGUAGUGUUCAUAUUGGCAUGCCAACGAACAGGUGAGCCAGGGGAAAGAAGAGAGACAGACGGGUUGGGCUACGAAGCAGACAUGGUGUACAAACCAAUAGUACAUACUCUGUCUGUGUGUAUGUCUGUGUGUCUAUCUGUCUGUCUGCCACACACCUCAUCAUUGUUAUGCCCUAUGUGUGACCUGGCAGUUUGUUUAAUGAUCUGCAUUGCUGUAAUAGCAGUUGACCAAUUUCAAACAGAUGAAGAAUUCCUACAAACUCUAUACAAUCCUAAUUCUAAAGCCUCUGGUCCUCUCUCCUCGUCCAGGGGAGUACUAUUGGCUGGAGCCAGCCCAUGCAUUCGAGCCCUUCCAGGAGUACGAUGUGGGGCUGAUAGCCCUGGCCUUCCUACAAGGCUCCUUCGCCUAUGGGGGAUGGAACUUCCUCAACUACGUCACUGAGGAGCUGGUCGACCCCUAUGUGUAAGACACUACCAUUAGUAGCGUGUCCCAAAUGACACCCUGUUCCCUUUGUAGUGCACUACUUUUGACCAGGGCACAUAGGGCUCUGUCACUACGUCACUGAAGAGCUUGUCGACCGCUACGUGUAAGACACAUCAAUUAGUACAUGCUUGCCUACCAAAUGGCACAUUUACAUUCGUCAUUUAGCACCUUGUUCCCUUUAUAGUGCAGUAUUUUAUAGGGCACAUAGGGCUCUGGUCAAAAGUAGUGCACUAUAUAGAGAAUAGGAUGCCAUUUGGGACGCAGCCUGCUCUGGCAUAGAUUGUUCUGUUGUUCUCAAACAUACGAAGAAUGCAUUGAAGCAGAAUUAUCAUCAAUCGUUCAUUAUAAAGCACAUACCAAUAAAUAAAUGUUGGGGGAAAAACACGUAUUUAGAUAUUUUUCUGAGAGAAAUGGACUAAUACCUAUUAUCUACAUGUCUUUAAUAAAUUAUCUACCAUCCCCCAUCCCUCCAUCCCUCUCUCUAUUCUGAACUGGACUGAUACCUGUUAUUACCUGAUGUCUUUAAUGAAUUAUCUAUCUUCCUCCCCAUCCUCCAUCCUUCCAUACCUCUCUCUAUUCUAGGAAUCUUCCUCGGGCCAUCUUCAUCUCCAUCCCCUUGGUGACGUUCGUCUACGUGUUCGCCAACAUCGCCUACGUCACCGCCAUGAGUCCUCAGGAGCUGCUGGCCUCCAACGCUGUUGCCGUGGUGAGUAGCUCCACCCACCACCCUGUCAGGAUUAGGAAGCAGACAGACGUGCUCUGGGUUUAUUCAUAUUCAGUAUUACAAAAGACCUCUGGCGGCCCCUUUUGGUCACUAAGAGUUAAUGCGCCUCAAAUUAAACUUUGAAAAUUGAAGCUUGUAGUAGCAUCAUAGUAACAUUAUCAAUAAUUAUCAAUCUUCCACUCUUUUUUCAAUUUUAGUAUAUAAACAUGUUUGUGAUGUCUAUGUAGAUAUGUAUCAGUUCAUUGAAUGUCUGAGUGUGUUUAAACAUCUCUUUUCCCCUCCCUCCCUCCCUCCCUCCCUCCCUCCCUCCCUCCCCUCCCUCCCCUCCCCCCUCCCUCCCUCCAGACGUUUGGUGAGAAGCUGCUGGGAGUGAUGUCAUGGAUCAUGCCCAUCUCUGUGGCUCUGUCCACCUUCGGAGGGGUCAACGGAUCCCUCUUCACCUCCUCACGGUCAGUGUCAACAUCCCUUUAACAACCAGGAGUUAUCUGCUUAUCUCUCCUUAUGUCUAGUCUAAUUCUACUGUAUUUAUCUUCUGAAUCUCUCUCUAGGAACCCCACUCUUACUGUACUUCUGCACCAGACCUUUAUAUCACCAUGUAUUCCUCUACAGUGUUUUACAGUAUUUUGGGAUGCAGAUUAUAUGGGUGUUUAUUCUGAUUAUCUCUCUCUCUCUCUCUUUCCCUCUCUCUCUUUCCCUCUCUCUCUCUCUCUCUAACAGGUUGUUCUUUGCUGGAGCCAGAGAGGGCCACCUCCCCAGUCUCCUGGCCAUGAUCCACGUGAAGCGCUGCACACCCAUCCCUGCUCUGCUCUUCACCGUGAGUACCAGCUCCGUCCUUCUCUGUCUCAGACUGUUUACCAUUGAUCUAUACACUAUAUACCCACAUGCAGUAUCCGCAAUUUCCCCUGUCCUGACGCAAAAAAACAAAUAAAACAUUUUUUUGAAAAUUAAAAGGGCCAGCCUUUCCCCAAAAAAAUGUAAAAAACGGGCACCGUGUACAGGGGAAUUAAAAGGGAAUUGGCCCCCCAAAAAAACCCCCGAGGAAAGGGGGGGGGAGAAGAAGGGAAGAAUAAGAGAGGAGAGGGGGAGGGGAGGAGAGCGGGGAGGGAGAGGGGGGAGGGGGAAGGAAGAGAGAGCGGAGAGGAGAGCGACAGGAGAGAAGAGGGAGAGAGAGGGGAAGGGGAAAAGAGAGAAAGAAAAGAAGAGGGAAAGCAGAGGAGACGCUCAAUUCUUUUUAUUUCUAUUUUAUAUCUCCGUCUCUCUCUUCUCUUCUUCCUUAUUCUCUUCUUUUCCCUUCUCUUCUCCUAUCUAUCUCUCUCUCUCUCUCUCUCUCUCUCUCUCUCUCUCUCUCUCUCUCUAUCCCUCUCUCCCUCCCUCCCCCAGUGUCUGUCCACCCUGCUGAUGCUGUGCACCAGUGACAUGUACACCCUCAUCAACUACGUGGGCUUUAUCAACUACCUCUUCUACGGGGUCACUGUUGCCGGGCAGAUUGUGCUGCGCAUCAAGGAACCUGACAUGCACCGACCAAUCAGGGUGAGUUUCGUAGGAGACCCAUUCCUGGCAUUGGGUUCUAUUAAGUUCUAUAGGGGCUAGACUUUCUCCAAAGUUUUUAUUUGACCUUUUUGUUAUGUUCUCAAUGUUUAGUCAAUCUGACCCUAGGUAUUUGAGGGCGUAUUAUAUGCAUUCUUAUUGUGGUUUGCAUAAUGACUGACUCCACCAUCUGUCUCUCUCUCUCCUCCAGAUCAGUCUGGCGUGGCCUGUGAUCUACCUGUUGUUCUGGGCCUUCCUGCUCAUCUUCUCCCUGUACUCAGAGCCCGUGGUGUGUGGCCUCGGUAUGGCUAUCAUGUUGACUGGAGUGCCUGUCUACUUCCUGGGUGUCUACUGGGACAACAAGCCUGAGUGCUUCAACACCUUCGUUGGUACGUCAGCCUCGUUCAAAUUCCUUCAACUUUAUUUAUUUAUUUAACCUUUAUUUUAGCAGGCAAGUCAGUUAAGAAUAACUUUGUAUAUACAAGGAUGGCCUGGAACUGUAUUAAAGGUAGACUCAGCGAUAUGACGUAGAUGCAGAAAGUAAACAGCAUAGUGGGUCAACAACUAAGCGCGUUGAAGCGCGAGGCUUAACUUCUCCGCCGUUUUUGGUGCCCUGGCUACCACUCUGUGAACAGCGUGAAGCUGUGUGUGACUGUGUGAGAGCGAAGUCUUGCAUCUCUCUCAUCGCAAUAUCUGCGGUGCUGCUCGUGGCAACGUCAUUUCUACGUCAGUCUACUUUUAAGAUGAAUGUAACUUUAUUUCAAAAGCAUUGCUAUUAUUAUUAAAAUGACUGGCUUUCUAGUCACUUGACAUAAUGAAUGUUGAUUCACAAGAUCUCACUACUAACACAGUUUCUUCUUCUGUCUUGUGGAUCUUUUCCCUAUGACUAUUUAUACUGUAUUAACUUCCUUGGCUUCUCUCUAUAUCUACUGUGUGUUUACUGUACUGUUGUACUCUAGACAAGGAUCCUAACCUCUCCUCUUCUCCAGCCAAGAUGACCUACCUGGGGCAGAAGUUCUGUGUGGUGGUGUACCCAGGAGAGACGAAGGGAGCCGAGGAGGCAGGGAGCAGGGAGGAGUGCGAGGAGCUGAAGGAGUCCCGGGCUCAAAAGUCUGCAGACUGCUGAACACAGACCCCCCCCCCCCCCCCCCAACCACCACCCAACUACUCACCAUACACACACAGACACACACAC